AUGAAAUUCGGGAAAGAAUUUAGUAUUCAUUUAGAAGAAACCCUACCAGAAUGGAGGGACAAGUAUUUGUGCUACAAACUCUUGAAGAAGCUCCUAAAGAACAUACCCGCAGGCGAUUCUACCUUGAAUCCUUCGCCGGUGGACGGCGAUGAUACGGCCCCGAUGAUGCCGUUGCAUACGCUGCAGGAUUGGUUCAUUGGGAUUCUCAACGAUGAACUCGAGAAGUUCAACGAUUUCUACGUCGAUAAAGAGGAAGAAUUCAUCAUUCGCUUCCAGGCGCUAAAGGAAAGAAUUGAUUUAUUGAAGAUGGACAGCGAAGAUGGAGUGUUUACCUCCGAGACUGAAUUUAGCAAAGAGAUGAUGGAAAUCCGGAAGGACUUCGUCACCAUUCAUGGGGAAAUGGUUCUGCUAAAAAAUUAUAGCUCUCUUAAUUUGGCAGGUCUGAUUAAGAUUCUGAAGAAAUAUGAUAAAAGAACUGGGGGAUUGUUGUGCAUACCUUAUACACAGCUCGCCCUUCGUCAGCCGUUCUUCACAAUCGAACCUCUCACGAGAUUAGUUAUCGAGUGCGAGACAAAUAUUGAAUUUCUCUUCCCACUUGAAGCAGAGGUCGAUGAAUCUGCUGACAUUGAACACGAAAAGAUAGGCACAGAGCCUGCUAGCGAUGUUUCAAAUGUUUCCAUGGAUACAGCUCCAUCCCUCGAGGAAGCUGUGGGUAUACGCCGAAGCGUACACGCUGCACUGAGAGCCAUACAGGGACUUAGAAAGGCGAGCUCUACAAACAAUCCUUUAUCGUUUUCGUCUCUCUACGGAAGCCAGGAUAAUGACGGUACGGGUGCUGUAACAGUAGAAAACUCGCCUCGUGACCCUUUAGAUACUUUGGACAAUGACGUGGAUUCAAAUGAAGAUGUUUCCAGCUCCCCAAAAUAA